AUGAGCCCGGGCGAGCGCGCCGGGGACGACGGCGGCGGCGACGCGCAGAAGGGCGGCCCGGCGGGGGGCGGCGGCGGGGGGCGCCCCGCGGCGCCGGCCGGGGCCCGGGCGUCGAGCGCGCUGUGCCUGCUGCUCUCCGCGGGCUCGGCGGCCGCCUGCCUGCUGCUGGGCGCCCAGGCGGCCGCGCUGCAAGGCCGGGUGGCGGCGCUGGAGGAGGAGCGGGAGCUCUGGCGGCGCGCGGGGUCGCCGGGCGCCCUGGCAGCCGGGGCCGAGCCGCACCUGGAGCGCCUGCUGCGCGAGAAGUUGGACGGACUAGUCAAGCUCCGGACUGUUCGGGAAGCGCCAUCCGAAUGUGUCUGCCCCCCAGGGCCCCCCGGACGGCGUGGCAAGCCUGGGAGAAGAGGCGACCCUGGUCCUCCAGGGCAAUCAGGACGAGAUGGCUACCCGGGACCCCUGGGUCUGGAUGGCAAGCCUGGACUUCCAGGCCCUAAAGGGGAAAAGGGUGUACCAGGAGACUUUGGCCCCCGGGGAGACCAAGGGCAAGAUGGAGCUGCUGGACCUCCAGGGCCCCCUGGACCCCCUGGGGCCCGGGGCCCUCCUGGCGACACUGGGAAAGAUGGCCCCCGGGGAGCACAAGGCCCAGCGGGUCCCAGAGGAGAGCCUGGACAAGACGGCGAGAUGGGCCCCAAGGGACCCCCAGGGCCCAAGGGCGAGCCCGGUGUACCUGGGAAGAAGGGGGAUGACGGGACGCUAAGCCAGCCAGGGCUCCCUGGACCCCCCGGGCCCAAGGGCGAGCCAGGGAGUGUGGGGCCCCAAGGAGAGAACGGCGUGGACGGUGCCCCAGGCCCGAAGGGGGAGCCCGGCCACCGAGGCACGGACGGCGCUGUGGGGCCCCGGGGUCCCCCAGGCCUCAAGGGCGAGCAAGGAGACACAGUGGUGAUUGACUACGACGGCCGGAUCCUGGAUGCUUUCAAGGGUCCUCCUGGGCCACAGGGGCCCCCAGGGCCACCGGGGAUCCCUGGAGCCAAGGGCGAGCUUGGACUGCCCGGCGCCCCAGGAAUCGACGGAGAGAAGGGUCCCAGAGGACCAAAAGGAGACCCAGGGGAGCCCGGGCCUACCGGACUCAAAGGGGAAGCUGGCGAGAUGGGCUUGUCCGGCCUCCCGGGUGCCGACGGCCCCAAGGGGGAGAAGGGAGAGUCAGCAUGCGACAGCCUGCAGGAGAGCCUGGCCCAGAUCGUAGUGGAGCCGGGGCCCCCUGGCCCCCCUGGGCCCCCAGGCCCCAUGGGCCUUCAGGGAAUUCAGGGCCCCAAGGGCUCGGAUGGAGCCAAGGGAGAGAAGGGCAUGUCGGGCGAGAGAGGCCCCAGCGGCCUGCCUGGGCCAGUUGGCCCACCGGGCCUUAUUGGGCUGCCAGGAACCAAAGGAGAGAAGGGCAGGCCUGGGGAGCCAGGACUAGACGGCUUCCCUGGACCCCGAGGAGAGAAAGGCGACCGGAGCGAGCGUGGAGAGAAGGGAGAGCGGGGGGUCCCCGGCCGGAAAGGAGUGAAGGGCCAGAAGGGUGAGCCGGGACCGCCGGGCCUAGACCAGCCGUGUCCUGUGGGCCCCGAUGGGCUGCCCGUGCCUGGCUGCUGGCACAAGUGACCCCAGACCCAGCUCACGCCUGUACAGAUCUGCGUGGACGUUUUUAAUUUUUGUAAAAACAAAACAGUAAUAUAUUGAUCUUUUUUCAUGGGAUGUGCCGCCUGUGACCUUUUAACAUUUGAGAGUGUGCCCACCCAGCCCAGCACCACCAGCACGUGACGCUGCAGGAACGUGGACAGGCCCAUCUGGGGGCAGCUGGCCCUGAGGGCCCCCAGGGG